GAGUUGGUUUGUGCUUGGCGGAGAAGUGAGUUGCUUAAAGGAGCCGCAGAAUGUCUGGCCGCGGCAAGCAGGGAGGCAAGGCGAGAGCCAAGGCCAAGUCUCGUUCUUCCCGAGCCGGACUCCAGUUCCCGGUCGGCCGCGUGCACCGCCUGCUGCGCAAGGGCAACUACGCCGAGCGGGUGGGCGCCGGCGCUCCCGUCUACCUGGCGGCCGUCCUGGAGUAUCUCACGGCGGAAAUCCUGGAGUUGGCCGGCAACGCUGCCCGCGACAACAAGAAGACCCGCAUCAUCCCCCGCCACCUGCAGCUGGCCAUCCGCAACGACGAGGAGCUCAACAAGCUCCUGGGCAAAGUGACGAUCGCCCAGGGGGGCGUGUUGCCCAACAUCCAGGCCGUCCUCUUGCCCAAGAAGACGGAGAGCCACAAAGGCAAGUGAAGCUGCUGUUGCCCGGCUGGGCAGGUGCCUCGUUGAACUGAACCCAAAGGCUCUUAUUAGAGCCACCCACAACCUUAAGGAAAGAGCUGACCGUCUCUUCCUCUUAUCGUGGAAAUAAUAUUUUUUGU